AUGUCGUCGUUGAGCAGAGAAUUGGUUUUCCUCAUACUCCAGUUCCUUGAGGAGGAGAAAUUCAAGGAGUCUGUUCACAGGCUUGAGCAGGAGUCAGGGUUUUUCUUUAAUAUGAAAUAUUUCGAGGAGAAAGUGCAUUCUGGUGAAUGGGAGGAAGUUGAGAAGUACUUGUCAGGUUUUACUAAGGUCGAUGAUAACAGAUACUCCAUGAAAAUCUUUUUUGAGAUAAGGAAGCAGAAGUACCUUGAAGCACUUGAUCGGCAAGACAAAGCGAAGGCAGUUGAGAUACUAGUGAAUGACUUGAAGGUGUUCUCGACAUUUAAUGAGGAUCUGUACAAAGAAAUUACUCAGCUAUUGACACUUGGCAAUUUCAGAGAAAAUGAGCAGCUUUCCAAGUAUGGUGACACAAAGACAGCACGGAGCAUAAUGUUGAUAGAGCUUAAAAAGCUAAUUGAAGCAAAUCCGCUUUUCCGUGAAAAACUUGUUUUUCCCACCUUGAAGUCAUCUAGAUUGAGAACCCUUAUUAAUCAAAGUCUGAAUUGGCAGCACCAGCUCUGUAAGAACCCAAGGCCAAAUCCAGACAUUAAAACCUUGUUCACUGACCAUACAUGCAAUCCUACAAAUGGGGCUCUUGCACCAACUCCUGUCAAUCUUCCUGCUGCAGCAGUUGCAAAGCCUACUGCUUACACUCCACUUGGAGCACAUGGGCCCUUUCCACCUACGGCAGCAGCAGCCAAUGCUAAUGCUUUAGCUGGUUGGAUGGUUAAUGCUGCUGCUGCUUCAUCCGUUCAGGCAGCUGUUGUUACGGCAUCAUCCUUGCCUGUCCCACCAAAUCAAGUUCCGAUCUUGAAGCGCCCGAUCACACCUCCAGCGACACUGGGUAUGGACCGUAUGGUUGAGUAUCAAAAUGUUGACCAUGAUCAAUUGAUGAAGCGUUUGCGUCCUGCACAGUCUGUUGAAGAGGUUACAUAUCCUACAGUUCGUCAGCAAGCAUCUUGGUCCCUUGAUGACCUGCCGAGAAUGGUUGCUUUUACAUUACAUCAAGGAUCCACAGUUGUAAGCCUGGACUUUCAUCCUUCACACCAUACACUGCUUCUUGUUGGCUGCAAUAAUGGCGAAAUAAUGCUUUGGGAAGUUGGAAUGCGCGAGAAGUUGGUCUCAAAGCCAUUUAAGAUUUGGGAAAUGCAAUCUUGUGGUUUGACAUUUCAGGCUUCAGCAGCGAAAGAUGCACCUUUCUCGGUGACCCGUGUUACAUGGAGCCCUGAUGGGACAUUUUGUGGAGCUGCGUUUUCCAAGCAUUUGGUCCAUUUAUAUGCCUAUGCGGGACCAAAUGAUAUACGCCAACAUCUGGAGAUUGAUGCUCAUACUGGAGGAGUGAAUGAUGUUGCUUUUGCUCAUCCAAACAAGCAGCUAUGUGUUGUAACAUGUGGGGAUGACAAGUUGAUAAAGGUGUGGGAUCUAACGGGGAGAAAACUAUUCAGCUUUGAAGGGCAUGAAGCACCUGUUUAUUCUAUCUGCCCUCAUCAGAAAGAGAAUAUUCAGUUCAUAUUCUCAACUGCUAUUGAUGGGAAAAUUAAAGCUUGGCUUUAUGACAAUAUGGGAUCUAGAGUUGACUAUGAUGCUCCUGGACAUUGGUGUACCACUAUGCUAUAUAGUGCAGAUGGAAGCCGGUUGUUCUCUUGUGGAACAGGCAAAGAUGGGGAUUCAUUUCUAGUGGAAUGGAAUGAAAGUGAAGGAGCGAUAAAGAGGACAUAUAAUGGGUUUAGAAAGAAAUCAGCUGGUGUUGUGCAGUUUGACACAACUCAGAAUCACUUUUUGGCUGUAGGUGAAGAUAGUCAAAUAAAGUUUUGGGAUAUGGAUAAUACCAAUAUACUUACGAGCACAGAUGCAGAUGGUGGUCUUCCGAAUCUUCCACGCUUGAGAUUUAACAAGGAAGGGAAUCUGCUCGCUGUUACUACCGCAGACAGUGGAAUCAAGAUACUUGCAAAUGCUACUGGUAUGAGAUCCUUAAGAACUGUUGAAGCCCCAUUUGAAGCAUUAAGAUCUCCCAUGGAAGCAGCUGCAAUCAAGGCUUCUGGUUCUUCAGUUGCAAAUGUCGCCCCUAAAGUAGAAAAAAGCUCUCCUGUCAGGACAUCUCCCAUCAUUAACGGUGUUGAUUCCAUAGCCAGGAACAUGGAGAAACCAAAGACAUUGGAUGAAGUUACUGACAAAAUUAAACCCUGGCAGUUGACUGAAAUAAUAGAUCCUGCUCACUGCCGCAAGGUAACAAUGCCAGAGAGCAGUGAUGCUGCUAACAAGGUUGCCCGGCUACUUUAUACAAAUUCUGGUGUUGGCAUCUUGGCUCUUGGCUCAAAUGGUGUCCAGAAGCUGUGGAAGUGGGUCCGCAAUGAGCAAAACCCUAGUGGAAAGGCCACUGCCAAUGUCGUUCCACAGCAUUGGCAUCCAAACAGUGGUCUUCUUAUGACCAAUGAUGUCUCAGGUAUCAACCUUGAGGAAGCGGUUCCAUGCAUAGCUCUGUCAAAGAAUGAUUCUUACGUAAUGUCUGCUGCUGGUGGAAAAGUUUCAUUAUUUAACAUGAUGACAUUUAAGGUGAUGACAGCAUUUAUGCCACCUCCACCUGCUUCAACCUUCUUAGCAUUCCACCCACAAGAUAACAACAUUAUAGCAAUUGGUAUGGAGGAUUCAACCAUCCACAUUUAUAACGUUAGGGUUGAUGAGGUGAAAUCGAAACUGAAAGGCCACCAGAAGCGCAUCACUGGUUUGGCUUUUUCAACGAACCUCAACAUAUUGGUGUCAUCUGGUGCUGAUGCUCAACUUUGCACCUGGAGCAUUGAUACGUGGGAGAAGAGAGAGAGAGUUCCGAUACAAUUGCCUGCUGGCAAAGCACCUAAUGGUGACAGUCGGGUACAAUUCCAUUCUGACCAAAUUCGCUUGCUGGUAUCCCACGAGACUCAGUUAGCAAUAUAUGAUGCCUCCAAGAUGGAGAGAAUACGUCAGUGGAUCCCACAAGACCCCCUUUCUGCACCUAUAUCAUGUGCGGUCUACUCCUGCAACAGUCAACUAGUAUAUGCAUCCUUUUGUGAUGGUAACAUUGGUGUGUUUGAUGCCGAUUCCCUAAGAUUAAGAUGUCGCAUUGCCCCAUCAGCGUAUUUAUCCCAGGCAGUAGUAAACGGCAGCCAAGCCAUCUACCCGCUCGUCGUUGCAGCACAUCCACAGGAGCCCAACCAAUUUGCUGUCGGGUUAACUGAUGGGUCUGUUAAAGUGUUGGAACCGACAGAAUCGGAAGGCAAGUGGGGGAUACUUCCUCCAGCCGAUAACGGAAUAAUGAAUGGUAGGACAGGUUCUUCAUCCACUGCUAGCAACCAUGCCCCUGAUCAACCCCAAAGAUGA